AUGGCUUCGAAUAAAACUGUAGUGGAGAGUAAUACUUCUGUAGUGAAUUAUAAGUAUGAAUGGAAGAUAAGUAAUUUUUUAAAAUAUUAUGAUGUACUUCGCGGUCCAGAGUUUUCGCCGCUGAAAUCUGUUCCUUUGAAAUUUGUUGUCGAAUUAGAGCCACAUAUACGAAGAGAUGACGGAUAUUAUGAUUACAAUUUGAAUAUCAUUAAGCUAUCAAAAGAAGAAAUACCGAAAUCUUGCCGAGUUGAAUUCGUAAUUAAUAUUAAGAAUGGUUUUAGUACUACCAUAGUUGUUAUGAACACUAUAAAUAAAAGUAUUACUGUAUUCGAUUGGAAUUCCAUCAAUCUCAUCAAUGCCCGAUUAAAAGAUACGACUUUGCAUGUGAAAGAUCAGAAAAUUGUUGUAUAUGAUUGUUGUACUUUCACUUUUGAUUGCACUUUCACAUUUUUUGGUUUUGACGAAACCACAGUUUCCAAUGCAGACCCUAUUUUGCAAACGCCACUCGAAAAGUACAGUAAUAUUUGCUCUAGAUUUAAAGCUCUUUAUGAGUCAAAGGCAAAGUGUGACGUAAUCUUUGAAAUUGGAACAGACACUCUAAAAGCUCACCAGUGUGUUCUCAUGGCUCAAUCUCCAGUUUUCAAAACGAUGUUGGAAAGCGAUUUGACUGAAUCAAAAUCCAAAUGCAUCCAAAUCACUGACUUCGAUGCUCGUGAAUUUGACUGCUUUUUGAAAUACCUUUAUUGUGGAAAUGCAGACUUUAAAAAUUUGGAUAUUAUACCACAUCUUUUUGCUCUGGCAGAUAAAUACGAAGUUUCCAGUCUAAUGAAGGAUUGCAGUGCGAUACUAGCUACCAGCUUAACAGUGGAAACAGUUUUUCAAGUUAUUAUAGACGCCUAUUUGCAUAGCAGUGAGUCAUUGAAGGAAAAAUGCAUAAAAUUUAUUCAUGAUAAUUUUUCUCUCGUUAAAAACAAACCUGAAUGGGGAAAAAUGGAAAAAGAUUAUCCUGAGCUUACAUAUGAAAUUCUGAAAUCUCUUCUUACUCAAAUGAGUGUGAAAUAA